UAGGACGAUUCGAUAACUGAUCCAGUCAUGACAUCAUAGUGCAGUUUAUAUAAUUCUGCUUGAUAAUGUGUCGUCAGUAUUCCGCAAGUCGUGCAAUCGUCAUGUUGGUCGUUUUACAAGAUUAACGCACAUCAGUUUUGCAGAUAGCCACUUUCGAGCAGGCGAACCAGGCGGUUUUACGAGCGAACGAUACGGAUCUCGUCGAGCCUUACCCCUACCAUCAACAGCUUUUGCUAACGGGAUGCCGCAAAACAAUGACGCGACAUCUCGGGAGAAUUCUGGCUCGCUGCCAUUUUUGCAAUUCACUAACAAAGGCAUCCGAGUGAAUUUCGCUGGAUACCACGCCGAAGCUGGUCUUGGAGGCCUCCUAAGGGGCGCCGGAACAGGUGGAGGACUUCAUGCAAGUGUGGGUACUCCAUGGGGUGGACACGCAGGUGCUGGAUUAGGCGGUGAAGUAAGCGGAGAGGACGGCACUGUUGGCGGCGGACUGUACGCUCGCGCUGGUCUCGGCCACGGAAGACCGGAGGCUGCGGCCGGCAUCGGUGGGAAACUGGACGGCAGCGGACGAUCGUUGAACCCGAUCUCAGGUGGCAUGUACGCAGGUGCAACACCGGGAGGCGGACCCGGAACCGGCGUGUACCUCGGCGGAGGAUACGGCAAGGAUGGUGUCGAGUAUACGAUAUCAAGCGACGUGCCGGUCGAUGCGUCCGACGCGAUUCCACAACCAGCUGGCACGACAACGACGAAAAAAUCUGACGAAAAAUCCGCCGGCACAGACGAAGGCGCGGAUGAAACGAAGCCGACGAGGGGCCGCACGAACAUACAGAUCAUACCGAGGAAGGAGAAAGAGAAAGUGACGCUCGUAGCUGCCGCGUCACCAGCUGAUGCGCUCGCAGACGGAAAGGCCGAAUCGAAAAACAGUGAGGUACGACGUACUGUACAGUACACGGUCGUACCUCCUGCGGCACAACUCGAUGUGAUCGGAUCGAUCUCGGCGGGUGCAGUUGCACCAGCUGUGAAAACCGUCGAGAAAACCAUCGUAGUUCCCGCACCCCCGCCCUUUGUUACCGUACAAGGUGUGGCUCAAGCCAACGCUAAUACGAAUGUGACUGCAACAGUUGACAACAAUACAGGCACAGUUUCAAGAAUCACGUAUCCUCGUUGGUACUUUAGAAAGAGAUUCCGGAACGUACCAAGGAAAACAGUCUACCUUACUUCAACAGCAACGGACUCUGAAACGGCGUCUUCCAACGUAAACAGUGGCGUAGUCGCUGCGAGCAAAACUUACACAAGCGGAUCGCUGUUCAAUGACAUUUUUAACCAGAUCCCAAUCUCUACCCUGACAGCUGUAAAUCAACUGUUGAACAACGUCGGCUAAAACACGAAAACACCACUAAACGAUGAAAUCUCAGGAUAUAAUAUCCUCGGUGGCAAAUCAAUCUAUAUAUCUUUUUACUUUUUCUUUUUUUUAAGAAUUCUCAAAUAUAUUUAACGAAUGUGUUCGUCCCUCAUUCGGCCACUUUCGGCAAAUAUUUAUUCGCAGUUUCGCCUGCUCACGAAUGCCGGACACGCACAAUGUCCGAUCUUACGAUUCCUCAUACGUGAUUAGAUUGCCAGUUCUUUCACGCGCAACAGUAUUUCUUUGUCUCAGGCAUGUUCAAGGAGAAUAUGUUAAUAAAGCUUUAUAUAAAAUAUC